AUGUCUGACACAAGCGAGAAAGACGCUACGCAGAUGGCUGAGCAAGUAGAAACUGCCAAUCCCAUCAAGAAGACUCAAACAGUCGACACUCUACGUGACGACGAGGCUUUGCAAGUCUUGGCUAACCACGAUGGAGAUCAACACUGGAAUGAGGCUGAAGAAGACAAAUUGCGUCGCAAAAUUGACUGGAGGCUAAUGCCAGUCCUCUGCAUGACAUAUUGUCUCCAGUAUUAUGACAAAGCCAUGUUAUCGCAGGCCGCACUAUUCGGCUUGCGAACUGAGCUGGAUUUGACAGGCAACCGCUAUUCCUGGACAGCAUCUAUAUUCUACCUUGGCUUCAUCGCGGGCGCAUAUCCCUCGAUGGUCCUUGCCCAGAGAUUUCCGAUCGAGCGAGUGGCAUCCGCAACAGUCAUCCUAUGGGGCUUGUGCCUUAUCCUGACGACGGUCUGCCACAACUAUCGAGACAUAUAUGCGCAGCGGUUCUUCCUCGGCGUCUUGGAAAGCGGCAUCAGCCCCAUGUUUAUGCUUAUCGUCGGAUCGUGGUACAAGAAACAUGAACAGGCAAUGAGAAUGGGUAUAUGGUAUAGCUGCACUGGAUAUGUCAGUUGUAUUUCACCCUUGAUAAAUUUUGGGUUUGGACAGAUCGGCGGCGGUGUCUCGUCAUGGCGCUACAUGUACUACUUCUCUGGCGGUCUCACUAUUGCCUGGGGCUUGAUCCUGUACUUUGUCCUUCCGUCCGAUCCCAUUCGAGCCAAGGGAUUCGGACCGCGCGAGCGCUAUAUUCUAGUCGCCCGACUGAGAACAAACAACUCGGGUGUGCGCAAUACACACUACAAGGUGGAUCAAGUCACUGAGCUGCUCCUGGACAUCAAGAAUUGGCUUCUGUUCUCCGUCGCCUUGCUUUCCAUGAUUGCCAAUGGCCCGAUUUCGACCUUUGUCCCAAUCAUCAUCAAUGGCUUUGGCUUUAGCACGUUAAACUCUCUGCUCCUACUCAUCCCCGCCGGAUUCUACGCUGGCUGCGUCCAGCUUUUGAUGCCAUUCUUGGCCAUGAAACUUCCGAAAGCCAGGUGUUACAUCAUAUUCAUUGCGCAAAUGGGUACAACCCUCGCAGCUCUUCUUCUCUGGCUACUGCCCUUGUCUGAAAGAGGUGGCCUAUUGUUUGCCACAACUAUCCUACCAUCUGUGGGCGGCGGCUACGCUGUUCUCAUGUCUCUAUCAGUUGCAAAUACUGCCGGAUAUACAAAAAGAUCAAUCAGUUCAGCUAGCUUAUAUAUUGGAUAUUGUCUCGGCAACUUUGCCGGCCCCUUGGCCUUUCACUCCCAGGACGCACCACGCUACGGACCUGGAUUUGUUGUUGUGGUUAUUACGUCCAUUGCUGCCGCUCUAUUGAUCAUUUUUUAUCGAUUCAUCUGUGUGUGGACAAACCAUAGACGAGACAAGACGGGCAUUCUGGAAGGUUACGACCAUGCGUAUGAGGAUGACUCUACAGACAAAAAGGUAUGA